UGGACCGGUUUGGACGAUGCUGUCUUUAGAUGGAGGGAGCCUCUAAGUGAUUCCACAUGGUUCGCUACCCACUGCAGUGAUAUCGGUUUGUUAUGUGCCGAUAGUUCCUUAAGCCUUCGGUCGUUUCAGCCCUCUGCAAGAGGCCAGCGUGGCAAGGCAGCAUCCGAACGGGAGCAAGAACGUUACCAUUGAUCCCUGACAUUACACCAUCAUGUCGGCAGGGAACCGUCAGCUUGUCUCAACGCUUCCGUUGCUAACUGUUAUAUGCCUUCUGUUCAACUCGGUUUGUAUGGCAUUGCCUAAACAUUUUUCGACUUCAGGGCCUCAUGCCUCGCGUAAGGAGGCCAACAAAGCAAACGUCGUUGAGGCUGCUGAAGUGAGGGAGCUUCGGUUACUUAGCCCGGAAGAGAGCCGAAAUCGUCUAGCGGCAAUUUUCGAUCGUAUUGAUAAGGACCUAGAUGGACUCUUGACACAAGAUGAACUUUCAAAAUGGAUUCAUCGAAUAGCUCGCAGAAAUAUCGAAUCUGGCACCCGACGCAAAUGGAAUCGCCACAACCCCUAUGGAAGUUCUCGUCUCAGCUGGCAGGAAUAUCGAAAAUCCAUGUACGGCCUGCCGCUCCAUUGGGAAGAGGAUCAGCAUCCCCAACAGGAUGCAGAUGGUCAUAAGGUGAAUCGAAUGAUUAGAACUGACCGCCGACGUUGGCUCGCAGCUGAUCGGAAUGGUGACGAAAUGCUGGACAUUGAGGAGUUCGAAGCGUUCCUUUACCCUGAAGAGAAGGAACAUAUGGCCGAGGUCGUUGCUAUCGAAACGCUGGAAACAGUUGAUAAAAAUGGCGACGGCAUGGUGGAUCUUAACGAAUACAUAGAGGAUAUCUUUCCCGAUCUAAACGGAGGCUCACUGCCUAACUAUGCUCAGGAAGAAGUAGAACUUUUCCGUAAUCGUCGAGAUACGAACGGUGAUGGCCAAUUAGAUCUUCAGGAGAUGAUCGCUUACACCCAUCGUUCAGAAGACGACCACCCCGAGGCGGAAGCACUUCAUCUGGUCCAUUCUGCUGACAGCGAUUCCGAUGGAAAAUUAAGCAAGCAAGAAGUCCUUGAGAAUUAUGAUCUCUUUGUGGGUGGCCAAGUUACUGAUUAUGGCGAGGCUCUACUUAAGCUACCGAAUCACGACGAAUUUUGAUUGCAUAAAACCACUAAGUAGAGGAGCACUGACGAUAAGUAAACAAACAUGCUACAGCUACGCCAGAGUUACGAGGUAAAAAAAACAGUGAAAAACUUAUGAUCAGAGGAUACCAUGGUAGUGUAACGCAAUAGAAAAUGUAUAUGGCCCAAUGUACUCCUAUGGUAAUAUCUGAUCAAGCAAAUGUGUCUAAAGUUUCGUCGGAAUAAUUUCGACCCCAAUCAACGAUUUGUACUAUAUGCGAAUCGUUCUUAAUCUACUCAACUUUAAUAUUCAUUGAAGAUUUCAAAAAUAAGAUAGCCCAUAUUUACGUAAUUAGCACGUCUCGUGCGCUACGUAUUCCUGUGCUAUUUUCUGUUAAUUCUAUUGUGACUUAAUGUGAGAUAGUGAUAUGAUAUAUAUUGCGAUAACGAUAUACUGUAGGCCUGCAACUAUCAGUAAGCAGCUCUUCACUGGCCAAGUGCUAAUAAUAUCACUAUCUUGUUCACUUGAUAUUCCUCUGUUUUUAUAUCUAUGAUUGAAUUAGUAAUUUCAUUGAGAAAUACCUCUAUUUUAUCUGUUUCAUCAAAAUCAUCAUCGCAAACAUUAUUUUUAAAAUAAAAAUGUUAAACAUAGAAAAAUUGCAUGCCUCCGAGGCUCAUGGAAUGCCUCCUACCAGCAAUUUCCGAUCUAGCGUAAUUUUUUUUAUUAGGCUCAAUAUUGUUCGUAGAUAGGAUGCUAUCGAAACGAUAUACAACACAUUUUCCAAUGUAGAUUUAGCCAGUAAUAAUAAUAAAAGACAAUUCAGCAAUUAAUAACUACUCGCAGUGAAUACGUACAUAAUACCCCGAUCAACGUUGUACCUUUGUUAACAAUUGUAUUCACGACCUUGUCUACUGUUUAGACCCAGUCCACCCCUUCCCCUGUCCCGCCUAGCUCGCUGUUGUACACAUGUGUACAUCUUUCGAUGUCUGCUUUGAAUAUUAGUUGUUUCUUUUUUGACCUUGGAAAGGUAUGCCCCUUAUUCCCUUUGUAGGAAAACCAAAACUGAUCGCGGUGACUUUUCGUGUAAAUGUUUAACUUGCGGAUAAGAACGAAAUAUGCGGUGUAAAGCGGACACACACGAUCAUUCCUCGUGGCUUUUUGUAGCUCUUGCCCUCCGGUGUCGUCAAAUUCUGUUGCGGUUGUUCAGUCCUUAUAUAACACGCGGCAAAGUAGUAACUUAUCAUUCAAGUAUCACACACAAGUUAACACCGUUAGACACCUGUUAGCGUAGAGUUAUGGUUCAAGCCAGUGGUUUCGUUCUUCAGGAGGUUUCCUAUUUACGACAAGCAUUUGUAUAGUAGAAUAUUGCCUAAAGUAACUUCAGGUUUUUUGCAGGGCGCGUGGCUUUUUGGCCUCAAUUAGUCUAAUUCAUCGACUAGUAAUGAUAAUAUU